UCCUGUGUAAUGUGUUUGAGUGGCGGAUCACAGAGACACUGCUCCGUCUGUAGACCACUGUUCGCUGCUGUGGGACUGUCACUGAAGUGUUUCGCUGGGUCGACAGGAUGGACGCAGGACAGCACUGAAGCGGCUCGGUCAAACUGUGGGGAUUUUAACGGGGAUAUAUUUCUUGAACGCGGAUUAAAUAUUCUGGACUUGUUAUAAGAGGAAAGGAAAAGAACGGGAGAAGAUGGGGAGCCGGGGCCACUACGGGUACCACUGGCAGAGCCACAAUGUCAAACUCAGCGGAGUGGAUGACAUGGUUCUACUCAGUAAAAUCAAUGAGGAUGCCAUUGUGGACAAUCUGAAGAAAAGAUACAUGGACGACUACAUCUUUACAUAUAUUGGUCCUGUGCUAAUCUCGGUAAACCCUUUCAAGCAGAUGCCAUAUUUUGGUGAAAAGGAAGUGGAGAUGUAUCAGGGCGCUGCUCAAUAUGAAAACCCCCCUCACAUCUAUGCAUUGGCAGAUAACAUGUACAGAAAUAUGAUGAUUGACCGCGAAAACCAAUGUGUCAUUAUUAGUGGAGAGAGUGGUGCUGGGAAGACAGUGGCAGCUAAGUACAUAAUGAGCUACAUCUCCAGAGUGUCGGGAGGCGGAGAUAAAGUACAGCACGUUAAAGACAUCAUCCUGCAAUCCAAUCCACUGCUGGAAGCCUUUGGAAAUGCCAAAACAUUGAGGAACAACAACUCAAGCAGAUUUGGAAAGUACUUUGAGAUCCAGUUCAGCUCCGGUGGUGAACCAGACGGAGGAAAAAUCUCAAACUUCCUUUUGGAGAAGUCUCGCGUCGUGAUGCGUAAUCCUGGAGAGAGGAGUUUCCACAUAUUCUACCAGCUAAUAGAAGGAGCCAGUGGAGAGCAGAAAAGCAGCUUGGGAAUCACCAGUCUGGACUAUUACACUUACCUCAAUCAGUCCGGUUCCUACAAAGUGGAUGACAUUGAUGACAAGUCUGAUUUUAAGGAGACAAUGCAUGCCAUGGAUGUGAUUGGCAUAAGUGCAGAGGACCACUCCAUGGUGCUUCAAAUAGUGGCUGGAGUCCUGCACCUGGGAAACAUCAGCUUCAGGGAGUCUGGAAACUACGCGGCUGUGGAGAGUGAGGAGUUUUUGGCAUUCCCGGCGUUCCUACUCGGAAUUGACCAGGAUCGGCUCAAGGAGAAACUCACCAGCAGAAAAAUGGACAGCAAAUGGGGAAGUACUUUGGAGACAAUUGAUGUGACCCUGAACGUGGAGCAAGCCUGCUACACUCGCGAUGCCCUUUCCAAAGCCUUACAUUCACGAGUGUUUGAUUUUUUGGUUGAGUCCAUCAACAAGGCCAUGGUUAAAGAUCAACAGGAGAUCAAUAUUGGAGUUUUGGACAUUUAUGGAUUUGAAAUCUUCCAGAAAAAUGGAUUUGAACAAUUCUGCAUCAACUUUGUGAACGAGAAGUUGCAGCAGAUUUUCAUUGAGCUCACGUUGAAGGCAGAACAGGAGGAGUAUGUGCAAGAGGGCAUCAAGUGGACACCGAUUGAGUACUUCAAUAACAAGAUUGUCUGUGACCUUAUUGAGAGCAAGAGUCCACCUGGCAUCAUGUGUAUCCUGGAUGAUGUGUGUGCUACAAUGCACGCUGUGGGCGAAGGGGCCGACCAGACGAUGCUGCAGAAACUCCGUAUGCAGAUCAACACUCAUGAACAUUUCAACAGCUGGAACCAAGGAUUCAUUAUACAUCACUAUGCUGGGAAGGUGUCCUAUGAUGCCGAAGGAUUUUGUGAGAGAAACCGAGAUGUGCUUUUUACUGACCUCAUUGAGCUCAUGCAAAGCAGUGAAAUUGGGUUCAUCAGAAAAUUGUUUCCAGAAAACCUCAAUGCUGAUAAAAAGGGUCGUCCAACCACAGCAGGGAGCAAAAUAAAGAAACAAGCCAAUGAUUUAGUGAGCACAUUGAUGAAGUGCACACCACACUAUAUCCGCUGCAUCAAACCAAAUGAAACGAAGAAGCCACGAGACUGGGAGGAGAGCCGGGUGAAACAUCAAGUUGAGUAUCUUGGUCUGAAAGAAAACAUCCGAGUUAGGCGUGCUGGUUAUGCCUACCGCAGAGUCUUCAGGAAAUUCCUCAACAGAUAUGCUAUCCUGACCAAAGAGUCAUGGCCGACGUGGCGAGGAGAUGAGAAACAGGGUGUCCUUCACCUCCUGCGCUCUGUCAACAUGGACCAGGAUCAGUUUCAGCUUGGUCGCACAAAGAUCUUCAUCAAAGCCCCUGAAUCGCUCUUUCUAUUGGAAGAGACAAGGGAACGAAAGUUUGAUGGCUAUGCUAGAACAAUUCAAAAAGCCUGGAGAAAGUAUGUGGCCCGUAAGAAAUAUGUUCAGAUGAGGGAGGAAGCUUCUGACCUGUUGUUGAAUCGAAAAGAAAGACGACGACACAGCCUCAACAGAAACUUCAUUGGUGACUAUCUGGGUAUGGAUGACAGGCCCGAGCUGCGGCAAUUUCUGGGCAAGAGGGAGAAAAUUGAUUUUGCAGAUAAAGUAACAAAAUAUGACCGUCGUUUCAAAGGAAUCAAGAGGGAUUUGAUCCUAACCCCAAAAUCUGUUUACCUAAUUGGGAGAGAAAAAGUUAAACAGGGGCCAGAAAAAGGUCAGGUGACAGAAGUGCUCAAGAGGCGGAUUGAAGUUGAGAAAAUAUUAGCAGUUUCUCUAAGUACACUGCAGGAUGAUUUUAUUAUUCUUCAUGAGCAGGAGUAUGACAGCCUGCUAGAGUGUGUGUUUAAGACCGAAUUUAUUAGCUUACUGGCCCGACGUUUUGAAGAGAAGACACAACGCAAGCUUCCACUUAAGUUUAGCAACACACUGGAGAUGAAGUUAAAGAAGGAAAACUGGGGCUUUUUGAGUGGUGGUGGCUCCAGACAGGUCCUUUUUGUUCAGGGUCAAGGGGAACUUCCUGUUUUAAAACCUUCAAGUAAAUCUCUCCAGGUCAGCAUUGGACCUGGGCUUCCUAAAAACACACGGCCCUCCAGAAAGAAUUUUGCUCAGGGUCGCACCAAUUCAAGCAGAACACAGCCCUCAAGAGCUGCACCUGGUCCUCCAGUGGGUCAUCAGAAUGGGAGACUAAAAAAUACUAACUAUGAAGCAAAUCAUAGGAACGGGGAUCAUCACAGUAAUCGCCAAAGACGUAAUUCAAGCAACGCAUCACGACCAAAUCUGCCAACCAAUCACAACCCCCCCAGGGAACCAACCAGCCAAGGCCAACCACCAGACAACCGCUUUCUAGGGGUGCCUGAAAAAGGAGCUGCUGGAGCACACAGACCAUCAGCUAAAAGGCCUGCACCAGGAGCAGGGCGGCCAAAACCAGCACCCAAACCCAAACCUCAGGUUCCCCAGUGCAAAGCCCUGUAUGCCUAUGACGCUCAGGACACAGACGAGCUCAGCUUCAAUGCCAAUGACAUCAUUGAAAUAAUUAAAGAAGAUGCCUCUGGGUGGUGGACGGGUCGACUUCGUGGGAAACAAGGACUUUUUCCUAAUAACUAUGUGACAAAGAUCUAAGAGCUGUUAAGUAAAUGAGGGUCUUACUGAGUCCAAUGAGGAUAAGGGGGAUAAAAACAAGCACUGCUUGGUUUCACUCAGAAACGUAUCAUCCAACUACUGCCGUAUGUAAAUAAAUGUUACAACUGACCAAAGACCAGCAGACUUGAAAACUCUCAUAUAGACUGACUCUGGGACAAUUUCCCAUGGAGUAUUGAACAAAACUUGUAUUAAUUUAUUAUAUUUAUAGCUUUUUGUGUUUUCUUACUGCUGUUUUCUUUUUGCGGAAAUUUUGAGCUAAAACAAAAAGGUGUAAUGAAGCACUCUGUUCAUCUUAAAGGUUAAUUCAGUAAUUCGGUUGUCAUACAGUCAGCUGCUGUUGUACUGUUUUUAUUAGUACUGUACAAGUAAAUGGACACUCACGUCAAACUCGUUGUUUUUAAAUGUUGGUGUAAGAAAUUAUUAAGCUGUUUAGUACAAACCAAGCUUGUUUUUUUCCUUUUUAAUAAACUGUAAAGGCCAUGUCACAUUUACCUUGGGCAUCCUUUCUGUGGCAUCAUAGCACUUUACUGGAGCAGGUCCAUGUUAGUACCACAGCCAAU